AUGGGGAGCCCGCCCCCGGUCCCGGAGAGGAGCGUGUCCCCUGCCCCGGAGGGCAGCCCGCCCCCGGUCCCGGAGAGGAGCGUGUCCCCUGCCCCGGAGGGCAGCCCGCCCCCGGUCCCGGAGAGGAGCGUGUCCCCUGCCCCGGAGGGCAGCCCGCCCCCGGUCCCGGAGAGGAGCGUGUCCCCUGCCCCGGAGGGCAGCCCGCCCCCGGUCCCGGAGAGGAGCGUGUCCCCUGCCCCGGAGGGCAGCCCGCCCCCGGUCCCGGAGAGGAGCGUGUCCCCUGCCCCGGAGGGCAGCCCGCCCCCGGUCCCGGAGAGGAGCGUGUCCCCUGCCCCGGAGGGCAGCCCGCCCCCGGUCCCGGAGAGGAGCGUGUCCCCUGCCCCGGAGGGCAGCCCGCCCCCGGUCCCGGAGAGGAGCGUGUCCCCUGCCCCGGAGGGCAGCCCGCCCCCGGUCCCGGAGAGGAGCGUGUCCCCUGCCCCGGAGGGCAGCCCGCCCCCGGUCCCGGAGAGGAGCGUGUCCCCUGCCCCGGAGGGCAGCCCGCCCCCGGUCCCGGAGAGGAGCGUGUCCCCUGCCCCGGAGGGCAGCCCGCCCCCGGUCCCGGAGAGGAGCGUGUCCCCUGCCCCGGAGGGCAGCCCGCCCCCGGUCCCGGAGAGGAGCGUGUCCCCUGCCCCGGAGGGCAGCCCGCCCCCGGUCCCGGAGAGGAGCGUGUCCCCUGCCCCGGAGGGCAGCCCGCCCCCGGUCCCGGAGAGGAGCGUGUCCCCUGCCCCGGAGGGCAGCCCGCCCCCGGUCCCGGAGAGGAGCGUGUCCCCUGCCCCGGAGGGCAGCCCGCCCCCGGUCCCGGAGAGGAGCGUGUCCCCUGCCCCGGAGGGCAGCCCGCCCCCGGUCCCGGAGAGGAGCGUGUCCCCUGCCCCGGAGGGCAGCCCGCCCCCGGUCCCGGAGAGGAGCGUGUCCCCUGCCCCGGAGGGCAGCCCGCCCCCGGUCCCGGAGAGGAGCGUGUCCCCUGCCCCGGAGGGCAGCCCGCCCCCGGUCCCGGAGAGGAGCGUGUCCCCUGCCCCGGAGGGCAGCCCGCCCCCGGUCCCGGAGAGGAGCGUGUCCCCUGCCCCGGAGGGCAGCCCGCCCCCGGUCCCGGAGAGGAGCGUGUCCCCAGCCCCGGAAAGCAGCCCGCCCCCGAAGCCUGUGUCCCAGCUGAGGGGGAUAUUCCAGAGCCAGGAGGACGAGGCACCUGCUCCGGCCCCGGGGGUGGCUGGGCUCCCCAAGAGAGCGCCCGACCAGAAACCUUUCAUGUUGCCCCUUCGCUGCCCGCAGCCUGCCAGAGGGCCUGAGGAGCUGCGGAGGCAGGAGGAGGAGCCUAGGGACAAAGACUGGCUGCAAGUGGGGACCUGGGGCCUCCCUGAGCAGGCCGCCCCCCGAUCGCCCCACAUGAAGAGGAGGCAGGUGGAGGAGGCUGGUGCUAGGUCACCCAACCUGCGAAGGGUGUCCAAGACGCAAAAAGUGAGCGAAGAAACGGGCUGCAUUGCUGCUGUGCCCCUGGAAUCUGUGGAGCACAAAUGGCUGGUGAAAGCUGCCAGCGGCCAGUGGUCCCAGCAGCUUUAUUGCCUCUUGCUGAGCGAUGCCAAUUUGGCAGGGAAAAGGGACUUCAUAUCUGGGUUCACAGCUCUGCACUGGGCAGCGAAGAGUGGGAACUGUGACAUGGUGGGGAAGAUCAUUGAGGUGGCCAAGAAAGGUGGCGCUCAGAUUGAUGUGAAUGCCAAGUCCUUCGGAGGUUACACUCCCCUCCACAUUGCUGCCAUUCAUGGGCAAGAAGAAGUCAUUGCCACAUUGGUCAAGACAUACAAUGUCAAAGUUAAUCUGAGAGACUACAGUGGGAAAAAGCCACACCACUACUUAAAGGAAGGAUCGUCUUAUGCAGUCAGAUAUCUGCUGGGUGAUCCUGAUCUUCAAAACAGUGCUGGACAUGCCUUUCCAACCAAGAAAAAUCCCAAAAUUGCUGCUUCUAUCUUGAGCUCCACCAGCACCUUCCUUGGAGUCUUAUCUGAUGACAUGGUCUUCUAUGAUCUAACAAGAGGUUUGAAGAAGACUUCUUCCUUUAAUAAGCUCCUUAACUCAUCUGUUGGCUCAAAGAAGAAGUCAAAGACUAGGGGGACUUUCCCAUCUUAUUCUUCUCUUGUCGAAGCAAUGGAAGAAGAGGAGGAGGAAGCUGCAGUGAAACGCCGACCAGUUUCUGAGCUGUUCUUCAGUCACUAGUUUGCCUGCUUGAAAUCAAAGUAAAGGAGUUUUCUUGAGUCCAGAUAUUCAUGGAUACCUAGGUCCUAACGCCCAUAGAAAUCAAUGAAUUAGGUGCCUAAAUACCUUUUGAGAGUCUAGGCCCUUCUUUCACAGAAGAAGUCUGUUUCUUCCUCCUUCCUCCCAAACUGUUUAACUGGUCCACUGACACAGGGUCUGAUUUCAAAGCUCAUUUUUAAGUCAAUGGUGGUCUUUCCAUUGAUUUCAGCAAAGCUGGAUCAGACCCCCAGAAAACAAGAGUCUUUUUAAAAUACUGUACCUACCUGUGUAGGGAUUUGUUACUUUAAUCCACAAAGACUCCCUGACUCUAUGCCUAAUGGCUGAAAUACUUUUAAAAAAAACUUUAAGUGUGGACAGGUUAUGAUGCUUAAACAUACAAUCUUCUUAAUCCACAAAUUCCUCCAGUGAGUUUGUAAUUCUUUGAGUGGGGAAGUAGGAAUAGGGUAAGGGAUUGUUGCACAUUUUAUUUACACUUUGAUUUUAAGAUAGAUCAAAUCUACUUUAAAAUGGGUUUUUAUCCUGCAGGUUUAAAUAACAAGUUACUAAGGAAAAUGCAUAAUUCUGUAUGAUAUUUCUCAUUAGUUUGGUAAUGGAAAGUCUGCUUUUUAAAAGAUUUAGUGCUCUAAUUUUUUAAAACCAAACUUCUCUUCUAGAAAUGUAGGAUCUAUUCCAAUUGUUGUCAAAUGUAUUUAACUAUGUGUCAAAUACAAAACCACUUAUGCAAUGAGAAAAGCAACCCUGGCCAAUCAAAACACUAACCUGUCUACCUCAAUUUAAAUGCUAGAUUACCAUAGUUGUCUUCAGCAAUUUUUUAAAACUUUCUGACCACAAAACAGAUGGUGGUAACCAGCUAUUUUGAUAAUACUGUGAACUUUUAAGUGUGAUGGUAAUUUAACAAAUGUAUCUUUAAAAGAACCGAACAGUCUUUUUAAAAUGUAUGAUAGCAGGACAUUCAGGUGAAAAACUAAGAACAAGGGGAAUUUUCCUCAGACUAGGGAUUUUUUUAUAUGAAGAUAGCCAACUGGAAAUACAUGUUUAGUUGACUUUGUGUGUUGCUUGACCUGUGAAUGUUAACUGUUGUGUGUUUGACCCAAUUAUAAUAAAGAAUUAUAAAACCAA